CUGCGCUACCGAGCGGCCAGGCCAGCUAAGCCCCGGUUCUCCCGGGACCCAUCGUCUCUCUCACGUGCGCUGUGCGGCCGCGCCGCUCCUUCUCCUGUGCUCGCCAUGGCAUCCCAGGAGGUCCUGCAUGUGAAGACCCCCAUUCGUGACAGCAUGUCUCUGUCCAAACUGGUUGGCACCCGAGUGUACCUCAAGAUGGACAGCUCCCAGCCCUCAGGAUCUUUCAAGAUCCGGGGCAUCGGGCACCUCUGCAAGAGGUGGGCCGAGAAAGGCUGUGAACACUUUGUCUGCUCUUCAGCGGGCAAUGCUGGCAUGGCAACGGCUUAUGCAGCCAGAAGACUGGGCAUCCCAGCCACCAUUGUCGUUCCCAGCACCACGCCUGCCCUCACCAUCGAGUGCCUCAAGAAUGAAGGCGCCAUAGUCAAGGUGGUGGGUGAGACGCUGGAUGAGGCCUUUCAGUUGGCCAAGGCCCUGGCGAAGAACAACCCAGGCUGGGUCUACAUCCCCCCCUUUGAUGACCCCCUCAUCUGGGAAGGCCACAUGUCCAUUGUGACAGAACUGAAGGAGUCGCUGAGUGCCAAGCCAGGGGCCGUCGUGCUGUCCGUGGGCGGCGGGGGCCUGCUGUGUGGAGUGGUCCAGGGGCUGCAGGAGGUGGGCUGGGGGGAUGUGCCCAUCGUUGCCAUGGAGACCUUGGGAGCCCAUAGCUUCCACGCUGCCACCAUUGCAGGCAAGCUGGUCACCCUGCCCAAGAUCACCAGUGUUGCCAAGGCCUUGGGUGUGAACACCGUGGGGGCGCAGGCCCUGAAGCUGUUUAAUGAACACCCCAUUUUCUCUGAAGUCAUUUCAGACCAAGAGGCUGUUGCUGCCAUUGAGAAGUUUGUGGACGAUGAGAAGAUCCUGGUGGAGCCGGCCUGCGGGGCUGCACUGGCAGCCAUCUACAGUCAAGUAAUCAAGAAGCUGCAAGGGGAGGGCAAGCUGCAGGUCCCGCUGGCCUCGGUGGUGGUCAUCGUGUGCGGGGGCAGCAACAUCAGCCUGGCACAGCUGCGCGCGCUCAAGGAGCAGCUGGGCUUGAGGAACGGGCUGCCUGAGUGAUGGGCUGUGGCUGUGAGCUUUGGUCCACCUGGGAUCCUACUGUGUGGCAUGACCCCGAGGCUGAGCCUCCUUGGUACCUGUGACUGUCCUUGGCCACCUGGGCAGUGGCGACAACCACCCACAAGUGAGUGGCACACUAGAUCCUCAGAGUAGGGUAGCCUGGGAACCCACACGCCAGCAGGAGAGACGCCCUCUCAGUGACAAAACCCACCGCAGGUUCUCCCUCAAGAGUGCCCAGUUGGUUGCAGUCUCAGGGAUGUGCCAUGACACCCACUCUCCCAGAAGCCUGC